ACGAGAUGCAGCAGCCAGUUGGCGGCAACUCCAGGCCUUCGAGCACAUCCCCACACCAGCGCGCAUGGAGGGAGACUCCCAGUCUCCGCCAGUGGAUCCCGCCUCUGGAACCAGCGAGAUGGAGCUGCCCUUCACCGAGGAUGUGCAGCUGACUGAGAUGAUGCGUCUGCGCGUGCAGUCGCUGCAGCAGCGUGGCCAGCGCCGGCAAGAAGGCGAGCGCCUGCUGCUGCCCCACGAGGCCGUGUACCGGCUGGACUUCGCCGAGCAGGAGCUCACCUUCUUGCACUGGAACGUGACGCUGGGCGGCCCCGGACGCCUGUCCGUCACGGGCAUCUCGCAGCUGUGGACGCCCGACCUCACCAAUCUGAUGACCCGGCAGCUGCUGGAGCCCACGGGGCAGUUCUGGAGGACGGCCGGGGAGGCACUGGAUGCACCCAUCAAGUGUCUAGAGGCAGACAUCCAGGAGUUCGGGGAGAGGAUAGCCGAGCUGGCCAAGGUGAGAAAGGUGAUGUACUUCCUGUUCGCCUUCAAGGAGGGCGCGGAAAAGGACAGCAUCAGGUGCUCCCUGAUGUUCAAGAAGAAUACAGAGCCUGGACCCUAAACCCAGCCAGGUCAGACGCACCUCUUACAGUUACCCAAUAAUUUACUGCAUAAUUUUUAGUGGAAUAAACCAAGAAAGCCUCCGAUGUAAUACCUCUUGCUAAUAUAAGCUUGCAUUAGUGCUCUAUAAAAAUGUAAUCACCACGGUCUAUUCCCUUAUAUGAGAUAUGUAUUUAAAAAAAUGUACUGAUGUGCAUUAUAUUGAAGUGAAAAGCAAAAUAGCAGUGUAAUGUGAAUAUUUUGUUCUGUAUACACAUAUACCUCAAAUAUGCUUAUAUGUUUUAUGAAAAGCACAGAAUAUAAACAUGUAUGCAUAAAAUGAAACUAUA